GGCAGCCUUCCCUUGCCGGCUGCUUGUGUGUCUGCAGACAUUGGUCGGCCGGGUACUAAAUUUUCAACUGGGUCAGAAGGCCACGCGGCAAACGUUUCAUUCUGAGUGAAUUUUGCGUAGUCUCGUUUGGUAGCUGAGCAGCGGCCGGCAGGGUGUGCUGUCGCACAGUGGUGUUCGUGUAUGGUGCCGUCGCAGGCAUAAGGAUUUGGGGCACGACCCCGAGGAGGUCUUCCGUGUUCCAGUUACACUAAAAGCCAGGUACGCAACACAUAAGACGAAGGAGCACGGUCUAGGUGUCUUUUUCAAGGGUGGACAAGUGGUCUCUUUCGAAUAGCAUUCAGUGCUUUCGUCGCGGCUGUACACUUCUAAGUAAACUUCGCCCUACCUUCUGACCAUGACAACCCCUCCCAAAUCUCCCUUUGAGGGAACCGCAAACCCGAAGCGAAACAACACCCGGAGUCCGCGGCAGCCUGAUGACGAUGUCGUGCAGCGCAUGUUGCGGCAGGAGCAGACAAACACCUUGCAGCACCAGGCGGCAGGAGGAGCACAACAAGUCGCAAGGCAUGUUCCCGUGUCACUGCAAGGAGAUCGUAUAGAAGUAGAUGCCGCCGCUAGUAUUUCCCCGACGUUGCUGCACGAGGACAGCCAUAAAAAUUCUACCAAGCACAAUGUCACCUCCGCAACAGUACAGACAGCGACAAUUCCCCACGCGAGCUGCAAACCGAAAACCACGACCGCCGUCUCCUUUAUCCAGAGAAUCAAGCAAACCGCUUUCCCCCUACCAAGACGAGGCCACGCCCGGUCGCCACCGGCACAACCAGGAUCGUCUUCAAGAUCGCCCUCGCCUCCGUUUUCUUCUCCGAAGACGAAGAAAGCGAAGCGUAGUGGUUCACCUUCACCAAAGGCCGCGACGGGGUAUGUCAGCAGCACGAACGACGAGGUGGACGACAGCGACGCGAGCAACUUCCUCGAUAACGACAGCGAGGAUGAGGAUAACGUCGUCGCGCCGGAGACGGCCAGGUGGGUGGUGGAAAAGUACCUGAUGCCGCUGUUCGAAAGAAUCGGCUUGUUUCAAUCGGUUUACAGUGGGAAAAAUCUUUCAGGCGGGGGCCUUGCUGGACCGGCUGGUACCAGUGGCGGACCAGGAAAGACUGCUGGUGGUGGUGGUGCACCAUCGUCAACUACAUCUCCCACGAAAAUAAGCAGUGCCGGUGGAAAUACGAAGAACUUAAAAACCGCUACUACAUCUACUUCAACUUCCGGCGUUCCUUUACUCGACGAACUUCGCCUCUCCGACCGGCUGUUGCACAAACUGCAAGAGUACCGGAAGAAAGUGGCGGUUGAGACAAACUACUGCGCGGCGCAGGAGCGGGAAAAGGAACAGCAGAUGGAAGAGGUACAAGCGCUGCAGAAAGAGUUGAAACAACUCCAACACUGGGUCGCGAUGGACGGCUACCGGCGGAAAGCGGAGAUGGAAAGAAAUUUGUGGGAGAAAAGGGGUUGCGAGGAAAAGGAGAUCCAGUUGGGCGAACUGUCGGAGUCGUUGGCUGCGAGGGUCAAGGAGAACAAAAAGUUACAUUUUCUCGUCGACCAGCAGGAGCGGAUCGUCUCGCAGCAAAGAUUUGUCGUGGCGAAACACCUGCGGGCGGCCAGUUUGGCGAAACUGAAAAACGACGUGUUGGAGGGGGAGGUGCGAUUUUUUGUGCGUGUUUUGUUUGGAUGCUUCUCAUGUUUUAUUGACUUCCGUAUCCGUAGGUCGCCUUGUUUGCUUGUCUGAUGGAUGGGUCGUGUGAUGUGUAUCAUGUGUAAACAUUCGGUGCAUUUACAUCAAACACAGAUCCGGCUGCUUCGAAAUUUCAAAUCGAGCAAUGCGGCUGCCGGCGGGUCAGCUGCUACAGGACACGGCACCACGACAGCAGGCGUGGUCGCCGCAGAGGGGGCUUCAACUUCAGGCGGCACAGGCAUCCGCAAUAGUACCGCGUCUGGCGCCGUUGCAACCGCUUUGGGACGAGGAAGCAGCAGGAUUUCCGGCUCCGCUAGGGAUUCCACCACAGGUAUCAAAAGGAAAAAUCUCCCCUCCCCAUAUCGAAAAGGAAGUCUGUGAUGCUGUAUUUGCGUACACAAAUCAGCUUUGUCUUGCAGUGGAGCACUGCAGGCAGAUACAGAGCCCGGAAAGGGGUGGCCUGAGGUAGACACUUAGCAUGGCAGACGUCUGCUCCAUUGGCGCAGCAGCAUUACAAAUCGCCUGCGAAAUGCGGCGGAGGCUCUGGCUUUGCUCUCUUGCAAGACAGACUCGAUUUGUGACCACAAAGCAGCAUCACAAAUUUUGAAAAGCACGCCUUUUCGAUAUGGGGCGGGGGGAUUUUUCCUCACAAUAACAGGAACAUCAACUCCUGCUGCUCACUUCUCCUCGAGCCUCGUUCCCCACAUCACGGACGCAGACUUGGAGAAGCAGCAGAAAAAGUUCGCCCAGCAGCUGUCCGACCAGUUUCAGGCGCAGGACGAGAUCGAGCUGAAGUUGAGCACGCUCGUGUCCGACAAAAACAAUUUAGAAGCCGGCAGAACCGCGCUGAUGAAGAGAAACGAGGAGCUCUUACUGGAGAAAGAUUCCCUCCUCGAGGAGGAAACCGAGCUGCGGAUCGCUUUGAAAGAGCAGUUGAAAGAGGCGCUGAACGAGAAGGACACCAUGCGGAAGGAGCGCGACAAGCUGGAGAUGAAGGUGAAAGACCUUUCCGCCGACCGGGACACGUUGAAGCAAAGGCUGAAAAAAUACCGCAGAUUGAAGGUGGACGAACACAAAACCUGCAAAAACUGCAACAAGGAGUACUUAUCAAAUGCAAAAAUGUCUGGGUCUGGAAGAGUGCAAGGUUUGUCAUGCACAUUUUACCUGACUCCUGAUGUCUGUGAUGCAUGCUCUAGCAUCACAGAUUUUGCGAGGGCUUCCUGAUGCCUAUACUGCAUGAGAAAUGCUCUCUCGCCGUGGCAAAAACUGGACCUCUUUUGCUGUUCAUGCAAUACAGAUUUAUUGCGGAAUCCAAAUCCAGCAUGACAAGUUCCAACCUUCCCGACCCAGACAUUUUUGCAAUUGAUAGUACUCGGAGCAGGACAAUUUCAACUGGUCCUGCCGCACCCACUCCAGCGAGUACGGGGGGGAGAUGUGGUGGUGCUGCGGGAAGUUGGGGAAGGACGCGAUUGGGUGCAAAUUCUCGAAGCACGAGUCGAAAGACGAGGAUGACGACUUGGACGAGCAGGAUCGGGCGGAGCGCGAGGAGCGGGAGAACAAGACGCGGAACGCGAAGAUUAAGUGCUACAGCUGUAAGGAAACGGGGCACAUCGCGAAAAACUGCCCCAAGGAUCCGAAUUUGCGAACGCUGUACGACCCCGUGCCGGAUCUGAACCGGAUCGAAGUGCUGGCGUUGAGUCAGCAGUUACGCGGGAAGAAGAAGAAAGGAACUACAAUGGGCAGUACUAGUAGUUCGGCUAGUGGGACCACGAGUGGCAGCAGUACUUCGACACAGGACGACGACGCGAGCAGACAGUUGAAGUUAUCGGAGAUCGUGACGAAGAUCGACAGCAAGCUCGGGUUUGUGAGUACGAUGAACGAGGAGGACCUAAUCAUCGACGACGCAGUUCUGGACGACGUCGUGGACCUGUGCGCGAAGGCGCGGGAGAAGUUUUACGCGCAGUUUCUUUUGGAGGAGGAGGCGAAGCUGAUGAAAAAUCACAGUGAGGAAUACUUCAGCUCCAGCGAAGAGGACGAGGAGGAGUCCUCGGAGUCGGAAUCAGAGUCGGAGAGUAAUUCGGAAGCAGACGAGGACUCUGAAGAUGAGGACGGGAGUGGCUCGGAGCACGGGGACGGCGGAAAAGUGAAUCAAUCAGGAAAAGUGAAACAGAACAAUUCCGGUUCGGAUAACGAUUCGGAGAAAAACGAUUCGUCUUCUGGCGGUGAGGACUCGUCGAAAUUGGACGGGGGGGAUUCCAGACGGUCAUCAAAAUCCGAAAACGGGAAAAAUUGA